AUGUCCUCUCCACAUCCUCCAUCGCCGUCUCAGUCGAUACGCCUUUGCCUGUUCGUUCUCUCCUCCACUAUAUGCACCGAUAAUUCCACUACUCCCGUCGCCAUCUACUGGCAACGGAAGGACGAAGACAACAGCGGUCGCCGUAUAAGCCGUGUCGCUAUCGCAGAGGAGGGCCGAGACGACAGCGACGGCGCGACCAGUGCUAGGGCAAGCAGACUAUUACAACCUUCUCGAAGGGCUGCGGGGAAGACCCACAAGAAGGCAGCCGAGCAAUGGUCUCAUCCGGCUCUGGAAGCUGAUCAGGCGAUCGAGGUGCUGAAGGAGACCGUCGCAGAGGAGAUCCGACCUGCGCAAGAAGCAGCUUCAAGCUAA